AUAAAAGGAUACAACCAGUCUUCCUUUCCGAUAUGUUAAAGGAUUUAUCCCAUGCUGGGAACCAAUACACUUCUAAACAUUAUCACUCGGACGCUAUCAGGCAAGCAGCUCAACGGUUUCAAGCAUGUUGAAGGGACAGAUACUAGCGGUUUUCCUGUACACGGCCUGUCUCACAAGCCUUAGUGAGCAAGCUAUUUUGACUUGUGACGGAGGUGAUGAAAUUAUUAAGGGCGAUGUCAGAGUCGUUGAUGGUUACCAACGGUCUGGAGCAGCAGAUUUGAUUUUCCUUGGAAGUGAUCAGAACUUGACUAUAAUUGACGGAAACAUUGUCAAUACUGGGUAUUUGGGGGUAUGUUAUAGCACAGGUUCCACGGGUUGCUACAAAACACAUUCUGAUGUGGAGGAUUGUGAUAACUACAUAAGAGGAGUGACUACGCUUGGCCAAACCUGCAAUAGUAGCAGUUGCAGGGUCUUAGCAUGUGGAACCAAUGCUGAGCUUCCAAGGUGUGCAUUCUGCGGUUAUGAUGGUUCAAUGCUGAACUGCUCGUUUAUCGAAAAUGACCCACCUCAGGACCUACCUUACGAUGAUACUACUAAUUACUCUGGAUGCACUUCAGACAAUAUUGACGGAGGAGAGGUGUUCCAGUAUCGGAAGAAUGACAAUGCAACAUUCCUUUAUCAUGUGAAUAGAAUUUACUAUGGACUAACGAUAGAAUCUGACGUCCCAAAAUCCAUCGUUGGCUUGGCAUCAGUCACCCCCGACGGAUUAAUAACCGGAAAAGUUAUCACAAGGACCGAUUCUGAGAAAAUGGUUGCUGAUGAGGCACAGUUUGUAGGAACACCUUUUGUCAGUGGUGAGUUUGUCUACUUCCUCUUCCGUGAGUCAGCGCAGGAGUUUGCUAGCUUAAGUGCAGGCCAAGGUAUCAGCGUAAACACCUACUAUAGCCGAAUCGCAAGGAUAUGCAAGAAUGAUGAUGGGGUAACUGUUUCUAGUACUAUGACCCUCACCAGUUUCUUAAAGCAGCGCCUUGUAUGCUCCCAAAGUUAUUCCGAUGGUUCUUCCUUGGAUUAUAAUGAGAUACAGGACUUCGCCCUUAGUGAUGAUGGUACAAUGAUCCAUGCUGUUUUCACCAGUGGACAGAAUGAAGCGCCACAAACAGCUCUCUGUGUUUUCGAUCUGACUUCAAUCAAUGAGACAUUUAAUGAGGGUGAUUUCUUCGGGGCUGAUGGUGCGGUUACCAAUGAUCUUUGGAGAGUAUAUGAUGGAGAUGAAGUGUCGCCGAGGCCUGGUUUGAAUUGCUCCGAUCCAAACACAGCCGAAACAGACUUUGAGCGUGAUUACAACCUAAUGAGUGACCAUGCAGUUGGGACACUUCAGUUUUUCCUGCUUGGGGACCGCUUCUCUGAUUUGGAAAUGACUUCUAAAAACGGCAAAGAAAUCUACAUUAUUUCCUCAGAAAAGGGAUGCCUGUACGAGGUUGAAGUAGAUACUACCGAACCAGAUUUGGGAGAUCCUUGUCACAAUCCUGUAGUUUCUCGUCCCAUCAAAGACUUGGAGCUUGCCCCUGACAACAGCUACCUGGUUACAACACUUGAUAAUGUUGAUCUCUUAAGUGAUUGCACCGUAUAUCAAGCACCGCAAGAACCAAGUGUAUCUCCACCAGGUGGAACAUACAGGGUACCACCAAACUCAACCUUUGACAUCAUCUACGACACUCUGGUGAACGGGUUACCAUGUAUUAUGUCAAACGGAGAAGACAUCAAUGAAUGCAAUAUUGACACAGCGUAUCGACUGUUGAAAAAAGAUUGCAACGGGAAUCUGGUCCACAUGAGUAUCCUAAUUUUGGAUAAUACCACGGUCACGUUCAACGAAUCCAACCUGAACUACACGAUCCAACCCUAUGAUCACUACUCGGAAAAUGAACUUGGACUAAGAUGCGGUCAAUGGGAAGAAGGCAAAUUAAACAACUAUGCAUAACGAGGGAGAUACCUGCAA